CUAGGAGCGAAAACAAGAAAGACAGUUUUAACCCCUUAAUUUCAUAAGCUUCCUUCCCUAUGGCCUGAGGCUAGAAUCGUCCUUAAAAAAGAAUAACGACAUGGAAUUAAAAUCAGGGCUCUCCUUCUGGCAGCAGUGGAAUGUUCGAUAUUUUGUAUUCUUGUCCUUCUUUGAAAACCUACGAGGGGUCUCUCUCUCUCUCUGGUCUAUUUGGGGGGUUUUGAAUCGAGUGAGAAUGGGGCUUUGGAGAGCUAUAGCCUGGUUUUGCCUCAGUAUGUUGGUCGCUUUUGUGGUCUUUUCAUCACCAUUUCUCCAUAGCUCUACUACUCCCUGUUUUCAAGGUGGAAGAAAACUGUUAAAUACGCAACAAGGCACGGCACUACCACAGGGAUUUCUGAGCAACAAUCAAGGAAGAAGAGGAGGUGAAAUCGGGGGCAAUUUGGGAAAUGGUGCAGAAGAAUCGGCAAGAGAAGUGCCAACAGGGCCUGACCCUCUCCACCACCACGACAUUAAUCCUUCAGGCCCUUGACUCUCUCUCUCUCUCUCUCUCUCUCUCUCUCUCUCUCUCUCUUAUAUUGAAAUGCAUAAUUCCGAAAUUAAGCUGUCAAUGUUCUGUUUUUUUUUUGGCCGAAUUUGUAGGGACUUAUUAUACAGAAAUGGUUUAAUUUUUAGUUUUACUGAGAGACUUGUAUACGAAUGUCAUGCUUCUCAUUUACAAAAUCCAAAGUCACAUAUCCUUUUUCCUUGUGAUAUAAAUAGUU